AUGAACAGUUUCAUUAUUGUUUGCUGUAUUAUUGUCGCAGCUUAUGCUCAAGCAUCACAGUCAAAACAAAUUGCUGCAUGUCCUAAAGUUCGACCUAUGGAAAAUUUAAAAAUCUCUAAAAAGCUUUUUGGAUAUUGGUAUGGAUGUCAAGAAAGUGUCACUAGUUUCCCCGAAUUGAACAAGUGCAUUUUACUGAUAAUGGAACCUAAUGGACCUUUAGGGUGGUCCGUAAUAUCUUCUGGAGUUUCCAACAAAACUGGCAUCACAACAUCAAUGACAGCCACAGUAACAGUUGAUGAACAACAGCAUGCCAUAACUUCUGUGCAUUACAACUCGUUGCCCCCAGGCCCGAUUACAAUUGGUAUCACUAUUCUAGACACGGAUUAUGAAAAUUACUUGGUUCUUUGGAGUUGCAAUGAUGAUCAACCACAACAAACUCCCGGGCUUUGGAUGCUUGCAAGAAACCGUACGUCCUGCAGCAGUUUUAAAGGAAAAGUGAAAAAUGUAAUGGAUGAAAUAGGUGUUACCUUGGCUAUGAAUUCAAUCGACCAGAUUAAUUGUUCUUAG